AUCAAAAUUUCAGCAUAUGAAUAAUAAAAAAUAAAGAGAGAGAAAAAAAGGGUUUGGUUUGGAAACUGAAGGACACCCGUUUGACGAAAGUUUGCUGAGGUUAGGUUCUUAGGGCACUGUUGUUUGUUUGCUGUCCCUUUUUUUACUCUGCUUCUUCAGUUCACCUUUGAGCUUAAAUUUCGAACCUUUCUGGUUUCUGGCAUCUCAAGUAAACAAAGGUUUCAUUUUUAUGUUAAAGGGCUUUCUAUGGGGUUGGUGUGAGUCUGAGAGAUCUUGUGGGAUUUUCAUGUUAAAUGGUCACUGUUGAGUUGAGUUGAGUUCUGAGAGCAAUAUCAGGUCAUGGGUUUUUGUUUUUUGGGUCAAAGAUGUUAAAUUUCUGGUGGGGACUGUGGGAUCUCACCGCCUCAACUUGUGUGUUCAUUGUUGUCUCACUUUCUUUUUUUAAUAGCCACUGUUGAUUGCUUCGUCCACAAGCUGUUGUCAUAUGGUCCUUGUUCUACUUCCUUUGGUGUUUGGGGAUAUGGGAUAUAAGUAUCUUCAUUUGGCCAUCCUAUCUCUUUCUUUAAGGGUGGUGUUUGUGAAUUUGCUUUCAGAUUGAGUGCAAGUUGGUUGUUGCCGUUUGAGGGUUGAAAGUUUUGGAGCCGUGCUUAAAAGUUACUUCAUCUGGGGUUCUUGUGAGUUGUGGGAAGCACUGCUCUUUUCUGAGAUACUAGCUUCUGUUGUUGUGUCUAUGGGAGCUUAGCCUUGAUUCUGAGCUGAACAUAUCAUUUUGGUUUCAGCCAUGGUGCUGCCUAGAUGUUUCUCAGUGACACUUGUGCAGUUGUGGUUCUUGGCUUGCUUAAUUUGCUUGUCUCUAGGUCUUAAUAAUCAAACGUCACCCUGUGAUCCUCAUGAUUUAUCAGCCUUGAAGGAGUUUGCAGGCAACCUUACAAAUGGCUCUAUCAUCACAGCAUGGUCCAAUGAUAUUGUGUGCUGCAACUGGGUUGGAGUUGUCUGUGAUAAUGUGACUGGUGGUGGAGCAGCAGCUGCUAGUAGAGUGACCAAGUUGAUCCUUCCUGGAAUGGGUCUCAAUGGGACAAUUUCACCCUCUUUAGCACAGCUAGAUCAACUCAAUGUGCUGAACCUUUCAUUUAAUCGUCUUGUGGGUGGAUUGCCUGCAGAGUUCUCCAAGUUGAAGCAGUUGAAAUUACUUGACGUGAGCCACAAUAUGCUGUCAGGAGCUGUUGCUGGGGCACUUUUUGAUUUGCAAUCCAUUGAAAUAUUGAAUAUUUCUAGUAAUUCAUUUGCUGGAGACCUCUUCCAGCUUGGGGAGUUCCGGCAUCUCCAUGCUCUCAAUGUGAGUAACAACUCAUUCACUGGCAGAUUCAAUUCUCAAAUUUGCAGUUCUUCCAAGGAUCUUCAGACCCUUGAUUUAUCUGCAAAUAAUUUUACUGGUGAUCUUGAAGGCUUGGACAACUGCACCACAUCUCUCCAACAAUUGCAUUUGGAUUCAAAUUCAUUUUCUGGCCCUCUUCCAGAUUCCUUGUAUUCAAUGUCAGCCUUGGAGCAACUCUCAGUCUCAGCCAACAAUUUAUCUGGCCAGUUAAGCAUGGAAUUAAGUAAGCUCUCUAGCCUAAAAGUUCUAGUACUUUUUGGGAACCGGUUUUCAGGGGAACUCCCCAAUGUGUUUGGGAACCUUUUGCACUUAGAACAAUUAGUAGCACACGCCAAUUCAUUUUCUGGAUCACUGCCUUCCACCUUGGCUUUAUGCACUAAGCUUAGGGUGCUUGAUCUUCGAAAUAAUUCCUUGUCAGGUCGCAUUGAUCUUAAUUUCACUGGGUUGUCUAAUCUUUGCACACUCGACCUUGCUACUAAUCAUUUUACUGGACCCCUUCCAAAUUCCUUGUCCUAUUGUCGUGAACUAAAAGUUUUAAGCCUUGCUAGGAAUGGUUUAACUGGCCCUAUCCCUGAAAACUAUGCCAACCUCUCUUCACUUUUGUUUGUAUCCUUGUCAAACAACAGCGUAGAGAACUUAUCUGGGGCGCUCUCUGUUCUGCAGCACUGCAAAAAUCUCACUACUCUUAUCCUCACGAAGAAUUUCCAUCGUGAGGAAAUUCCUGAAAGUGUAACAGCAGGAUUUGAGAGCCUUAUGGUUUUAGCACUUGGAAAUUGUGGUCUUAAAGGCUAUAUUCCUUCAUGGUUAUCGAAUUGUAGGAAAUUGGCAGUCCUUGAUUUGUCUUGGAACCAUUUGAAUGGAAGUAUUCCUUCGUGGAUUGGUCAGAUGGACAGUUUGUUCUACUUGGAUUUCUCAAAUAAUUCUCUCACGGGUGAAAUACCAAAAAGUUUGACGGAGUUGAGGGGCCUCAUGUACCCAAAUUAUAGUAGACCAAAUCUCACUCCAUAUGCAGGCAUUCCUCUCUUUGUAAAGAGAAACACGAGUUCUAGCGGGCUGCAAUAUAACCAGGCCUCAAGUUUCCCUCCUGCAAUAUACUUGAGCAAUAACAUAUUAAGUGGAAAUAUAUGGCCUGAAAUCGGUCGAUUGAAGGCUCUGCAUGUCUUAGAUUUAAGCCGGAACAACAUCACUGGUACCAUUCCUAGCACUAUUUCAGAGAUGAAGAACUUGGAAAUAUUGGAUUUGUCUUAUAAUGAUCUCUCUGGUGCAAUCCCUCUAUCAUUUAACAACCUCACAUUCAUGUCAAAGUUCAGUGUGGCAUAUAAUCACUUACAAGGACCAAUUCCAACUGGGGGGCAGUUUUUCAGCUUCCCCAGUUCAAGCUUUGAGGGAAACCUGGGGCUUUGUAGGGAUAUUGAUUCUCCUUGCAAUAAUGUCAACAAUACGAGGCCGAAUAUUUCUUCUGGUUCUUCCAGAAAACUUGGUAGAAGCAAUGUCCUUGGCAUAACAAUCAGUAUAGGCAUAGGGCUUGCAUUGCUUCUAGCAUUUAUUCUGCUAAGAAUGUCAAAGAGGGAUGAGGAUAAGCCUAUUGAUAACUUUGAUGAGGAACUCAGUAGUAGGCCACACAGGUUAUCUGAAGCUCUUGUUUCCUCAAAGUUGGUGCUUUUUCAAAAUUCAGAUUGCAAGGAUCUCACAGUUGCAGAUUUGUUAAUAUCCACAAACAAUUUCAACCAGGCAAAUAUUGUUGGUUGUGGUGGGUUUGGUCUUGUCUACAAGGCAUAUUUUCCAAAUGGCACAAAAGCAGCUAUCAAGAGACUUUCAGGGGACUGUGGUCAGAUAGAACGUGAAUUCCAAGCUGAAGUAGAGGCCCUCUCAAGAGCUCAACACAAGAACCUUGUUUCUCUUAAAGGUUAUUGUCGGUAUGGCAAUGACAGAUUGCUAAUUUACUCAUACUUGGAGAAUGGAAGCUUGGAUUAUUGGCUACAUGAGUGUGUGGAUGGAAAUUCAGCUUUAAAAUGGGAUGCAAGACUCAAGAUUGCACAAGGCGCAGCUCGUGGAUUAGCUUACUUGCACAAGGGGUGUGAACCAUACAUAGUGCAUCGAGAUGUUAAAUCUAGCAACAUACUUUUGGAUGAUAAUUUUGAAGCUCAUUUGGCUGAUUUUGGGCUGUCAAGGCUACUGCAACCUUAUGAUACUCAUGUUACAACAGACUUGGUAGGAACCUUAGGAUAUAUACCUCCAGAAUAUAGUCAGACACUGACGGCAACCUUCAGGGGUGAUGUUUACAGUUUUGGUGUUGUUCUUCUUGAGCUUCUUACUGGUAGAAGGCCUGUAGAAGUCAUAAAGGGGAAAAAUUGCAGGAAUCUGGUGUCUUGGGUGUUUCAGAUGAAAUCUGAGAAUAAGGAGCAGGAAAUUUUUGAUCCAGCCAUUUGGCAGAAGGAUCAUGAGAAACAACUAUUGGAGGUGCUUGCCAUUGCUUGUAAAUGUCUUGACCAAGAUCCAAGGCAGAGACCCUCUAUUGAAGUAGUUGUUUCAGGGCUUGAUAGUGUAAGAUUUGAUGGCUCUCUCAACAAUGAUCUUUAGUUUUUGCAUUUAUGCCUAGAUAUUUGGGUUUUUGUUGUUGUAUCAUUGACAAAAUAUAGUUUGUAAAGCAAGUUUGUUGUAUGACGGUGGAAUGUUCUUGAUACGGCUAUUGCCUUGUUUGGUUUUUAGUCAUAUAGUA